AUCGUUUUCGUAACUAGUAGGCUAUGUAUAAUAGUUCAUCACUAAGCUGCUCCACUGUGAAGCAAGGCUAACCUUAAGUAAAUGCGCAUCCCCACGCCUCGACACUGUCGGCUAGCACUCUAAACACCGAUGAACCAAGCUCUUAUAGCAUAGUAGUACACAAACGUUGACACCCUCUUCUUUACGAUCCCCAACCCCGCUCCCGCGCAACACCAGCGGCAGCAGCAGGCUUAGCGAGGCACCCUCACACACCCGCCCCAGCUAAUCUAGUACCUCCAAUGCAGCGCCCGUCUCGGUCUCACUCCCCUGGGCCAGAGGGCGACGGCUCCCCGGGCUUCCCCACCAGCGCGCCCUACCACACCAAAGACACCCUAAGCCCCACGGCGGCGCCCUGGGCCUCCACCUCACCCUCCCAUGCACCUCCCCCACCCACCUCCACCUCCACCUCCACCUCCGCCUCGUCAGCAGCCCCCGGCCCCCUUACCACCGGCCUCGCUCUCCCGCGGCCAGGCAGCACCCCAGCCGGCGGCAGCGGGGACGGCAGCAGCUUCAACGGUGGCCUCCGUUUCCCCACCGCAGCUGCUGCCGGCACCAUCGGCCUUGGCAGCGGCAGUGGCAAUGGCGGGGGUUUCUUCGCCGUACCUCCUGCAAGGGGCCCCCCCAUGCCCGUCAUAGGCGGCGCUGGCGGCGGAUUCCCGGCGCCCGGCGCGGCGGCGGCAGCCGUGGCGGCGUCGCACGCGGCCGCAGCCCCGCGUAAGGCCCCCGAAGCCGUUAUCACGGUAGUCCCCGCCAUGCCCUCUGUCGUACAACCCGUACCGCAGUACCAUCCCGCCCGCAAGCGCAUCGGCAGCGCUGAAGACCUCAAACGCUUCCUGGAAGGCGAAUCGGCGCGGCACUUCAUGGCCUUCAUCCUCUCCAUCAACGAGGCGGUUACCGGGAAGAAAACCAACGACCCUUCGUACAUCCCCUCCCCUGCCGUACAACGCAUGGUUGCCGUACUAACCGAGCUGGCAACGCUCGUGGAUCAGGUACCGCCGGAGGAGCAAAGCCUGCGGUACGGCAAUCCGGCCUUCCGUACUUGGAUCGCAAGGUUGACGGAACGCGCGCCCGCGCUGCUCGAGUCAGUCCUAGGGGAGGAGCUCCGUACGGCGGCAGUGGAGCUUGUGUCGUACUUUCUGGACAGCUUCGGCAACGCGACCCGCAUCGACUACGGCACGGGCCAUGAGACGCAGUUCUGCGCGCUGCUGUACUGCUUGUCCAAGCUGGGCGUGUUUGGGGAGGCUGACCGGCAGGGACUGGGUCUGGUGGUGUUCAAGCAGUACCUGGAGCUCAUGCGCAAGAUACAGACCACCUACUGGCUGGAGCCCGCCGGCUCUCACGGCGUGUGGGGUCUUGACGACUACCAGUUCCUGGCCUUCAUCUGGGGCUCCGCGCAGCUGGUGGCGCACCCGCUGAUCAAGCCCAAGUCCAUUCACAACGCCGACGUGCUGGAGGCCUACGCGGACACCUACCUGUACCUGGGCUGCGUGGCGUUCGUGAAGCAGGUGAAGAAGGGUCCGCUGUGGGAGACCUCCCCCAUGCUCAAUGACAUCAGCACAGUGCCCAACUGGGGCAAGGUGAACAGCGGUCUUGUGAAGAUGUACCAGGUGGAGGUGCUCAGCAAGUUGCCCAUCAUGCAGCACUUCAUGUUCGGGAGUCUGCUGCCCUUCGAGUGAUGGGGAGAGCUAGGGGGGGGCAGCAGGCGGAUGAGGAGAGGAGAGGGGAAGAGGGGUUAGAACAGAACAGGAAUACAGGAUAGUCCUUCAUGGCUUUUAGGAGGGUGGUAGGCCGUACCUGAUGGCGCAGAAGAUUUGGUGCAAGGAAGAAGCAGGGGAGGAGAGAGGGGAGGCGGAAUAUUGAAGGAAGCAGGGAGAGGAGGAAGGCGAGGAAGCACAUGAAAAAGCAGUGAUGAAGAAGACAUCCGAUGGUGGGAUUAUGUGCUUAGGGCUUUCCAUUACUGCUUUGCCAGUAGCACGAUGCCUGGUGGAUUGCACGAGUGUGGUGUACGGCACAUGGCCGCCUGAACCUGGCUACGGGCUCCGGCUGGGAGGCGGUUGACGACAUGCAAGGGGAUUUCGAAGUAUGCCGCAUAACACAGGGUACUCUUGCCGAGCUACCCAGCUACUCUUGUGCAGUACCAGUGCAUGUGGUCCGAUAUGACAAACCGGCAUGCAGCCACCCCACGUAGCGCUGCAAAUCCGGAUCGUGGAGUUCCUAGUGGAGUGGGGCGUGAUUUCGGGCGCUGGCAAAGAGUGGGGGCUGAGGAGGUGGUGCGGUUCCCACCGUCGAAGGAGGCGAUACAGUAGGGAAGGA